CUUCUCAAGUAUUAGCGUAUUUUCGUUUUUAUUUAGAAUAUCUUUUGAUUUACCUGUAAUAAAUAAUGUAUAGGUAGCUUUAACCUUAAAGUCCGAUAAUCUUUAAAACGUCGGCAAGUGCACUUGCAGUGUUAUAUAAACUAUAGAACGAAUCAUAUCGGCGAUCCGAUGCACAUAGCUACAUAGUACGUCAGUGCACGAAUGGUGGCUGUAAGAUAAUGGAUGUGGACGCUCCUAACAUAUUGAAAAGGUGCAGCAGCGCACCUCUGAUCAAUGAGGCGGCCUCCACAGCGGCCACGUCGCUCACGACCAACACGACACCCAGGAACACAUCGAUCUUUAGUAUGUUCUCGAACAAUAAUCUGUCGAGGACGCGACGUUUCAGUAGCGGCAGUUUCAGUCCUAUGUCGCAUACGCCUCAGGUCACUCACAAUAUUGCUCAAUUCGAAUUCCAGGCCCAAAACGCGUGGGGCCCUCGGUUGGGUCGCGUGAACCAACUGCGGGCGGAGGAGUGCGCUGACGUCAGCAACACGCGUGAGGUCGCGCACGAGCGGGAGGUCCACACCGCCAUGCAGAUGGGCCAAUCCUGUGAAGACCUCACGCUGGCCGGCCUAGCCAACUCCCCUACUAGGAUACCUAGGUUCUCAACAGCGGUGUCGCCAUCGUCGACGCGCAAGUACACGACUCGACGGAGCCUGUCCCCGAUCGCGAUCAGAGCGUCGAACUUCAGUCCGGUGAGUCGGCCCACUGUGCUCAUAGGGAAGCGGCGCUGCGACGACGCCGACUCGCCGCACUCGAAGCGGAUGUGCACCGCGGACAGACUCACCCCCUCCACCCCGGGCACCCCGGACUCGGACUCGCUCGAGUGCACCUUCAGGCCGGUCUCGCCGCGAGUCCAGCCGAUGAUCGAGGCCCAGGACCCGCCGGAGAACCACAAGCGAUCGAACCCCAGCUAAUAUUUCGUGAUGCAGUUUGGGAAUUUCGAUCUGUUGAUAAUCGAGACGGCCGCGUUCUUGUGGGCGCUUUGUCUUAGUUUGUGUGUUUAAUAAAAAAAUGUAAAUUUAAUAAUUAAUGCGUGUAAAUUAUUUUUAAUGUUUUUGCAUUUAUAAUGGAUUGCCAUAGUAGUGCGGGAUACGAUCAGUGAAAAGUAACAAUUGUGAGUCACAAAUCGAAAUUCCCAAACCGAGCUAAAGCCACGAGGACGUUCUACAAUAAAACGUAUGUUAGGUUUUUAAGUUUGUUCCAAACAAUAUACGAAUAUGUAAUUUGUAAGUUCCCGAGCGGGAUCCCGAUUCGGUUUCUGAGUAAAAGCUGAAGCAUCUCUCUCUCUCUCUCUCUCUCUCUCUCUCUCUCUCUCUCUCUCUCUCUCUCGUUCUCCCGGAUGUUUUUGUCGUCUCAUUUGUUAUCGGGUCGCAUACAUAAUUAAUAAUGUCAUAAGAAUAAUUCCAAUUUUCAUAUUCAAUGUUUCGCUGAACUCACAGCGUAAUGUAUUCAAAACAAAUCGAGAUCAAACCGACAAUAACACAACAGAGCGUCAAAGAAUAAAAAAAAUAGUAUUUUUCAGAUGUCAAUCAGACAAAUUAAAAUUAUUAAUUUCGGCUACGUAUUUUAUCCGUCUACCUUCAAAAUCAAUCGGUUUUUUGCAGAGAUAUCAAUUUACUCAGAAACCGUUUUAAGACGAAAACUAUAAAAACAUCCUCCGUCCUACUUUCACAGUUAAAAAUUCAUUGAACUAGAGCGGGACAGUUGUUUGGUUUUCGUCUUCUAUUUGUUUAUAAGCCAAGGAAUGAACGCGUCUAACCUGUUAUCAGCCAAAGCAUCUUGUAUAUACUAGUUGUAAGAAAGUUCCGAGCGAACGACUUUAUUUGUAUAUAUAAUAUUUAAUGAAUAAAAUGUUAGUCGUAAGCAAUAAUAUUAUUUACUAAUGCGCGGUAAAAACCUUGACCCGAUUCAGAAGAUACACGAUUAUUUCCUCAGGUCUCUGCAUUAAGAUUAGAGUUUAGGAGUUAGUAGAGUAUUAAUGUAGAGACAGUUCCUAUCGUGUGCAACAUUUUAUACCAAAAAAGUAGGCGCUGAUUCGAAGGAGCCGCCGGACGCAUGCGGCAGGACGGUGUCGUCAAACGUCGGGAGCGGUCAUUCAACUGUCGGUUCUCAGCUGUUUGUGAUGUCAUGUAAAUUACCUCUCUCGAUUAAAUUAACUUGAUUUUAUAAUUUCCUAUUACGCAAAGGUUACUUAAAUAAAAUCGUAAAGUUUAGAAACUCAACAUUACACAGGGUUUUUAUUGCGCUGAACAUAAAUGUCAAUUUGCAUUGAUUUUGGAGACGAAAUAGUCGCGUAGUAAUCGUAUUUUAAUUUGACCGUGUAAAAACAACGUUCUUUUACAUUGAACUGUCGCGUAAUAGAGCAUGUUGGGUCCUAUAAUAGAAAAAAAACUGUUUAUUGUAAUUAUUACAAUCUGUGCUCGUGUUUUUUUUUACAGUCUACGAUUUAUUUCGUAGAAUUAUUCCAUUUUAAUUUAAUGAUUUUAAAGAAAGUUUCAUUUAUUAUUAUAUAAUUGUGACAAUACACGUAUUUAACAUUUAUUUUUUACAAUUCAUAUCCAACUAACUACCUAUUGGGUAGGAACUACAUACGGACCUCUGGUGAAUGAAUCAGACUAGUAUUAUGUAUAGUUAGUACCCGGUGAUGUGUACAGUCGGCUGCAGAAUUGCUUCGAAACAUUUAAUUCCAUUAUUAAUAGUAUUAUUUUUCCCCUAUCUAUACUCUGGUACCUAUAUGCCUAUAGGGGCUAUUCCAGCUACGCGCGGACGGGUAGGUGAGCUCACGGGCUCAACCUGAGAGAAUUUGCUAACACUAGCCCUAGCAAAAGCAGUACUUCGCAGAAUCUACCGCCGGAUCAGAAUCGCGACCCACUGAGAAGAUCCGGCGGCGAGAACUGUGAAAAUUCCAUGAACACUAUUUAUUUACAGUAUAAUGUAGGUCAUUAAAAGUUAACUAAUUUGACGUUGGCAAUCACCGACCCGGCCUAACCUUAUUUACGCUUUUUAUGGAACUACCGUUUCAUUCUAAAUAAUGGUGUAUUUAGCGCCAAAAAAAUAUAUUUGUCACCUAAAUAAUAUAUCAAUACACUUACAAGUUUAUUAUUAGGCAUAAUGAUAGUUAUUAAUGUUGAUAAACAAAGUGAUCUUCUAUUUCGACUACUAAAGUAAGGAGCACAAUCUCUGUGUUUUAAAAAGUAUCCGCUCAAAAGGAGCCAAUUAAGGUGGCGCCACUGUCGCAAGAGGAAUGAUUUUAAAAACAGCGCCAUAACCUAUGAAAGUAGGAUACUAAAUCACGAAGGAAAGAAACACUUCCUACGUAAAUUAUAAUAAAAAUAAAUAGUUGAAAUUUUCAAUACUGUGUAUUUUCUUUAACUACACAAGUUACAAUAAUAUUAAAAUUUUAAAUUCAACACACUACACUCUGUUUACAACUGCCAUAUUCAUUAUCAUUUUCAUUUCCUAAACUAGCGUUAUUUCGGUGAGUCUUGCAAAAACAACUUGCUGUUUACAGGCGGAAACUUUUUCAACUUGGGGGCAAGUAUACAAGAUGAUCCUCCUUACUUCUACCCUUCAUAUAAUAAAUAACUUAAAUACGUUUAUUUAUAUUAAUAGAUAAUUCCUUGAAUUUGAACAUUUCUAUAGAAAACAUAUAGGUAAUUUCGACGAUUGAUAUUUGUCAAAGUUGAUGUUAUAUAAAUAAAGUUACCGGCUGAGUAAUGUCUUCUCAAUAAAAUUUAUGGCAGCGUCGGUAUCAGUAGAGCCGCCGCGCGACGGGUCGUAUCCACUGUAGGGCCACGCGACUGGUUCUUGAGCGAAAAAUGUACUUUUGUAGCCGACUGUACAAUAAACAUAUUUAACAGUUGUCUCAAUAUAGACGUGCAUCAUUUCUUCUUGUGGAAUUUUGCUAAUUUACGUAAUUUCAGUAAUUCACAGAAUUGAGUGGUUUUUUUUGUUUUUCAAUUUAAAUUUAUACAUUAUUGAUUGUAUUAUAAAUACUAUACAUUCUGUUGCGUCUUCUUAAAUUGCUAACGAUUAACUAACAUCAAUGUUACCAAUUAUGGAAUAUGUAUAAUUUUAAAAUCCGAUUGUAGGAUUGGUUACCGCGCAAUUGUAAUUUUCAUUAUGGGAAUCAUACAAUUUGUAGUUUUAACACUAAUCAUAUCAACACGUUCUGGUACCUAUUUCUACCAUAGCGGGUAGAUAACGGUAUAAGACAAGUGCUACUCGAA